AUGGCAUUGGAACGAUUGGCCUUUUCUGCAGCUGCGCUCGCGCUGGCGAAUCAUGUUUAUUGUAAUCGCUACGAGCCCAAGACAGCACACAACGCGCUCUUAGCUCUAGUCUCUCAGCCGAUACUCUUAGUCCUACUUCUGGGACCCAAGACCAUUACCGGAUUGCUGCUAGUCAAUUCCGUUUUCUUCACAACACUAGCUCUCUCCAUUACCACAUAUCGUCUCUCCCCUUGGCAUCCUUUGGCCCAUAUCCCUGGUCCACGUGCAGCAAGAAUCAGCAAGCUCUGGGCAGUCAAAGUAGGGAUCAGCGGAAACAGGCAUCGUGUGCUCAAAGACCUUCAUGACCUCUACGGCGAUUGUGUGCGUAUCGGCCCCAACGAAAUCUCUAUCAACAAUGUGGAAGCAGUCAAGUCAGUGUUGGGUCCCGGCGGUUUCCAGAAAGGACAAUUCUACGACAUUUUUUCGGAUGCUAAGCUGGGAACGAGCACGCUACUCGGGCUGCGAGGAGAUGCACAUGCGAAUCGUCGUCGGAUUUGGAAUCGUGGCAUGAGCACGGACUCCCUGAAAGAUUUUGAAGUCAUUUUGGCCAAACGAGUAGCGUUGUUGCUCACGCAGCUAGACGAGUUUGCCCGAGAAGGGCGACAGAUCGAUAUCGCAGAAUGGUUCACAUAUCUGACCUCGGAUUUUAUGGGCGACAUGGCGUUUGGCGGAGGAUUCGAAAUGAUGCGCGACGGGGGAGACAAGGACGGUGUAUACGCCGCCAAUAAACUGGGGGUCAAACUUUCUUCGAUCAUAGCCCAAAUACCUUGGUUGUGGCCAACAAUCAACCUUUUACCGAGCGUUCAACAAUUCCGUCUUUUUGCGCGACAGCGGACUAAAGCUCGUAUCGCUGCAGGCCCGAAAGAACACAAGGAUCUGUGGUACCACCUGAUGGACGAAGACGGACAUGAGAAAGUGAAGCCUACAAUAGCUGAAGUGGUCGGGGACGGCGCUUUGGCAAUCGUUGCAGGAACCGACACUUCGUCUUUGGCGCUCGCGACCUUUGUCUGGUGCAUGCUGUCCAAUCCUGACAUUUAUGCGCGCGCAAAAGCUGAGGUCGACACGGUCUACCCAGAUUUGGAUGCCAUACUAGACGCUGGUAAGCAUGAAGAACUGAAGAUCGUCACUGCCUGCCUACAAGAAGUCCUUCGGCUUUUCCCGCCCAUUCCUAGUGCUGGGGCCCGCAAGGUCUCCGCCGGAGACUCCAGGCUGAUUGCCAAUCGUUUCUUUAUUCCGGAACAUACCCAAAUCUGUCUUCCGGCAUACGCUAUCCACCGUAACCCCAAGAACUUCUACCCGGCCCCAGAAAAGUACGAUCCAGACCGCUGGCUGCGUCCGUUAUCGGACUCGGAAAUCCUCAAUCAGGCGGCAUUCAUACCGUUUUCCUACGGGGCAGCAAAUUGUGCGGCCAAGAACCUUGCAUGGCGCGAACUACUCAUAACCGCGAGCGCGAUCCUCAAACAGUACGAUAUGCGCUUUGCGGAGCCAGAGGCAGGCCAUUGGGUGGAUACGAUCAAGGACUUUUACGUCACCGAUGCAGGAAAGUUGAAGGUUCAUAUCACGUUGCGCUGA